CACCGGCAGCGCCAGGGGAGGCGGCGGGCGCAGCACGGGCGGCUGCGCCAGAGGAGGCGGCGGACGCAGCACCGGCGGCACCAGCAGCGAAGCGCCGUCGGUCGGCGAAGUUCAAGGAGGAGGCGGCGGCAACGCAGGAGGCGGCGGCGGGAGCGGCCCAGGCGCUGACCACCGCGACGGACAGCAUGGACGAGGGGCCGCCAGAUGGAAUGCAGCGGCCCCAGCAGGUCGACUUGACGGGCUGCGACCUGAGCGCGUUCGGCCUGGCGUUCCCCGAG